AUGUCGUCCUUUUCAGAGUUGCCGACUGUCAAGCCCGAUGCGGCCUUUACACUGCUGGCUGCUUAUAAGACCGACACUAAUCCGAACAAGGUUGACCUCUGUCCUGGAUUUUAUCGCGACGAGAAUGGGAAACCGUGGAUCUUGCCAUCAGUUAUACAGGCCAAAGAGAGAGUCUAUGCAGAUCCCAAGCUCAACCAUGAGCACCUUCCUCUGGCCGGUCACGCUGAAUUGCUUCGUCAAUCGAAGGAGCUAGUUUUUGGGAAAGAAGAUCGAGACCUAAAACGUGUAGCCUCGAUCCAGACAGUUUCAGGCACAGGAGCCAACCAUCUUGCCGCGCUGUUCCUCUCGACCAAGCUUAACCCAACGACUGUCUGGUUUCCUAAUCUAGGAUGGAUCAACCAUACAGAAAUCUGGAAACUAGCCGGAUCCCAUGUGCAACAAAGAUUUUAUCCGUAUUUCAACGGCGAAAACCAGAACAUCGACUUUGAUACUAUAGUAGAGGUUCUGCAAGAGGCACAGAAGGGCGAUGUAAUAGUGCUUCAUGCUUGCGCGCAUAACCCAACGGGGGUCGAUCUUUCAAAAGAGCAGUGGGACACCCUCGCCACCAUUUGCAAGAACACUGGAUUGAUUCCUGUUUUUGACCUGGCCUACCAAGGACUUGCAUCGGGAGACGUUCGCCAGGAUGCCUCUGCCAUAAAUGACUUUUUCGAUAGGGGGGAUCUCGAAUUUGCCGUCGCGCAAUCGUAUUCUAAAAUCUUUGGUUUAUAUGGAGAGCGCAUAGGAAUACUGCACAUUGCGGCCCUCGACGUGACAGCAGCUGCCAAGAUAACACCAGUUCUUACUCAGCUCUCACGAGCGGAGAUAACUUCUUGUCCUUCGUACGGCGCAAGGAUUAUUUCCCAGAUUCUCGGGGAAUUGAAGCUUUACGAUCAGUGGCUUAAAGACCUGGAAACCAUGAACAAUCGCAUGAAGACUAUGCGCGAGAGUUUGUACCAUGGCCUUUUGGCCAGAAAGGUGCGGGGAUCAUGGGAUCAUAUCCUAACGGAUACUGGUAUGUUUUCCAUGACAGGGCUCUCCGCUAAGCAAGUCACGGCGAUGAAAGAGAAACACCACAUUUAUCUACUUCCUUCAGGAAGAAUCUCUGUCACUGGAUUGACAACUCGUAACAUAGACCACGUCGUAGCUGCUCUUGAAGAUAUUCUAGGCACCUAUUAG